AUGUUUGAUGCAACACAAAAUUUAACUAGUGCCGGUGAAUUUGAUAGUGAUGCAAGGAUUUUGAUGAAUGGUUUGAUACAGAUGGGGUCACAGACACCUUUGAUGUUUGGUACACAUAUGUUUAACAUAAAUGGUACUCAAAGAAGGUAUGGUUGGGUACAGUGUAGUAGAGAUAUUACUAGUGAGGAAUGUGGAACUUGUUUGAGUAAUAUGCUCGAGGAUGUUGAGAAUUGUUGCGAGGAGAAGAAAGUAUGGAGAGUUUUUUCUCCAAGUUGUAUUAUGAUGUAUGAAACUCAGCCAUUCUUUCUAAAUGAUUCUAAUGCUCCUGCGCCUCAACAAGCCAAAGAAAAGGACGGAACAAAGUCAUGGAUCAUAAUAGUCAUUGUAGUAAUCGGAACAGUAGUAGCAGCUCUACUCGCUUUGAGCGCAUACUAUUUAUGCGGCUUAAAGCAUAGAAAAAAUAGAAGAAACUAUAUGCAAAACCUUAGUCCAAUCUUUUCUCAAGAUCAGUCUGACAUCGAGGAAACUGGAAAUAGUGACCUAUCUAUGAUGCCUUUGAGUACUAUUCUGAAAAGUACGAACAAUUUUAGUGAUGAAUAUAAAUUAGGGAAAUGUGGAUUUGGAACUGUUUACAAGGGUGUUUUAGCUGAUGGAAAGGAAAUUGCUGUUAAAAGGUUUUCAAAAACAUCAGUUCAAAGUGUGGAGGAAUUAAAAAACGAAACAAUAUUGACUGCCAAACUGCAGCAUCGGAACCUUGUGAGACUAUUGGCUUGCUGCAUUGAGCAAAAUGAAAAGCUUCUUAUCUAUGAAUACUUGCCUAAUUCAAGCCUUGAUUUCCACCUAUUCGAUAUGGUGAAGGGUGCACAACUAGAUUGGAAACAACGAUUAAGUAUUAUUAAUGGGAUUGCAAAAGGGCUUCUAUAUCUUCAUGGAGACUCUAGGCUCAAAGUUAUUCAUAGAGACUUGAAGGCUAGCAAUAUACUGUUAGAUCAUGAAAUGAAUCCGAAAAUCUCAAACUUUGGACUAGCAAGAAUAUUUGGAGGAGACCAGGAUGAAGCAAGUACAAUUAGAAUCGUAGGAACUUAUGGAUACAUGGCUCCAGAAUAUGCUAUGGAAGGAUUAUUUUUGGUGAAGUCAGAUGUUUUCAGCUUUGGUGUUCUUUUGCUAGAGAUCAUCAGUGGAAGAAAAAGCAGCAAAUUCUAUCUUUCAGAGGAUGGACUGAGCCUUCUCGUAUAUGCAUGGAACCUUUGGCAUGAAAGAAAAGAAAUAGAGUUGAUGGAUCCAUUGAUAGAAAAGACAUGCGUACCUGGUGAAUAUCUGAAGUGUAUACAUAUUGCACUAUUGUGUGUACAAGAAGAUGCAGCAGAUAGACCUACAAUGUCAAGUGUUGUUCACAUGCUUGUAAGUGACACACUGACUCUCCCCGAUCCUACACGCCCUGCAUUUUCUGUUGGAAGAGCUGUCGUCGAACGGGCUGUUGUUGACCGAGAGUCUUCAUCAAAUACUUCUAUCUCUGCCAAUGAAGUAACCUUGUCUGAAUUGAGUCCUAGAUGA